UCCCGCUCCGCCCGCACAGCCACCAGCCGUUAUUCCCCGCCCCGCCGGACCGGGGCCGCCUCCGUCUAUGGGUCGUCGCCGGGGCGAGGCCUGAACGGGCCCCGAACGCCCGGAGCCGCGAUGGGAGUGGCCGUGGGCUGAGCCCUCAACCAGGCCCUGUGGCAGCGCCCGGUGGGGAUGAAGAUGGAGCUGUGAGAGGAGGCUGGCGCAGGAUGGCGAAGCUGCUGGUGCCGCUGGUGGUGCUGGGGGCGGUGGCUCAGCGUUGCCCCCCGCGCUGCCUCUGCCCCGCGGCCGCCCCCAGCCCCACUCUGCUGUGCGCCCGCACGGGGCUGCUGGCGGUGCCUCCCAGCCUGGACCGCGGAGCCGUGGAGCUGCGCCUGGCCGACAACUUCAUCGGUUCCGUGGGUCGCGCCGACUUCGCCAACAUGAGCAGCCUGGUUCACCUGACGCUGUCGCGCAACGGGCUGCGCCGUUUGGCUCCCGGUGCUUUUGCUGACCUGCGGGCUCUGCGGGCUCUGCACCUGGAUGGCAACCGGUUGCCGGCGCUCAGCGGCCCGCAGCUGCGCGGUUUGGCCAGCUUGCGGCACCUCAUCCUGGCCAACAACCAGCUGGCCGCCAUCGAACCCGCCGCUUUCGCCGCCUUCGCCGCCACCGUGGAGGAUUUGGAUCUGUCUCACAACAACCUGCCUGCUUUGCCCUGGGAGGCGGUGGCGGCCAUGGCCAGCCUGGCUACGCUGACUCUGGACCACAACCUGCUGGAGCGCGUCCCCGCCACGGCGCUCAGCCGCCUGCCGCGUUUGGCCCGUCUCGACCUGACAGCCAACCGCCUGCGGGCGCUGCCUCCGGUACCGGGUCCACCGGGACCCAGCCUGGCGGCAGGAGGCAACCCAUUACACUGCAACUGUGAGCUGCUGUGGCUGCGGCGUUUGGCACGACCCGACGGUUUGGAGAGCUGCGCCUCGCCGCCGUCGCUCGCCGGUCGCCUGCUUUGGGCUGUGCCCGAGGAAGAGCUGGCGUGCCGAGCUCCCCACAUCGCCGGAGCGGCCGCCAGUCCCAGCGCCGUGCUGGAAGGGCAACCUCUGCGUCUUGGUUGUGCCGCCAACGGGGACCCCCAGCCCGCUUUGCACUGGUUGGGUCCCGACGGGCGUUUGGUGCAGAACGGCUCACGGCGAGAGUUGGGUGCCGACGGCUCCUUGCAGCUGCGCGUGGCCACGUUGCGUGACCACGGCGCCUUCACCUGCGUGGCGUCCAACGCUGCCGGUGAGGCCGCUGCACGCGUGGAGGUGGCGGUGCUGCCGUUGCCGGUGCCUCACCGACACGGGGAUGGGGAUGGGGAAGCUCAGGCAGGUCCCGGCCCUUCGGAUAUGGCGCGGGCCGGAGCCAACGACUCGCUGUCGGUGGGUGCGGAGCGGCGCAUCGUGGCUGCGGAUCUGACGGCGUCGUCGGCGCGCAUCCGUUGGCUGCCGCAGCGCCACGUGCCUGGGCUGCGCAUGUUCCAGAUCCAGUAUAACAGCUCCAUCGACGACUCGCUCGUUUACAGGCUGCUGCCCCCGUCCAGCCGGAGUUUCGUGCUGCGGGAUUUGGCCGCCGGCCGCGAAUACGAUCUCUGCGUCUCCGCUCUCUACGCCGAAGGCACCGCGGCACCGCCCGCAUCCCGGGCUCUGGGCUGCGUCCGCUUCGCCACCGCUGGGGGAACCCCGGGCUGCGCCGCCCCCCGACCCCAUUUCUUGGGGGGCACCGUCAUCAUCGUCAUCGGUGCCGCCAUCGCCGCCUCCGUCCUCGUCUUCAUCCUCAUCCUCACCGCUCGCUACAAAGCCGCCCGCCGUCCUCCCGCCGCCGUCGCCAGCGUCUGUUCGCAGACCAACGGCACCCACAGAGCACCGGAACCCGAACCGCCUCCACCGCAGCCUUUAGCGGUUCCUCCGGUUCCUCCGGUUCUGAGCGCACCCGGCGGUUCCCGUGCGUUGUUUCCCAGUCACAGCUUCCCUCGGCGCGCCCGGACUCGGCGGCACGGAUCGCUGCCUCGCCUCGACGCCCCCGACGCGCUGCCAGCGCUGCGCCCGUCCUUCGGCAGCACCCACUGGAUGUUGGAGAGCACCGUCUGACGGGGGGGGUGGGUGGGGGGCGGCACCCCGGGGCGCUGGAGGCGGUUCUAGGGGUGCCCCCAGGGUGCCAAAAGCGGUUCCGCUGAGCGUCUUUGGGUGCCCUUAGGGGCUGGAAGGCAGAGCGGGGUGUUUUUCUGCCGCCCUCGGAUGCCGGUGGACCUUUGGGUGCCCAAAUGCAGCCUUGGGUGCCUCCCAGCUUCAUUAGGUGCCAGUGGAUUUUGGGGGGGUGUGUGUGGGGGGGGUCUAAGCGUGCCCUCGGAUGCCCCUCUGCGCCUUCAGGUGCUCUGCUGCACCCCUGGGUGCCAGUGGACCUUUUGGGAGUCUGAAUGCACCCUGGGUCCUGGUGCACCCAUGGGUGCAGCCCCAGGUGCUGGUGAGCUGCGGGGGCUUAAAAACGACUGGAGGAGGGGGAGGGGAAGGGGGGGGGCUCUUCUGCACCCGUGGGUGCCCCAACGCAGUAUUGGGUGCCAGUGAACACAUGGGUGUCCAAAUACACCCUCGGAUGCCCCUCAGCACCUUUGGGUGCUCCUCUGCACCACCGGGUGCCAACGGAUACCGCGGGUCCCAAUGCCCCGGGGCACCUGGACACCCAUGGGUGCCCCCGUGCAGCCUCAGCACCUUUGGGUGCCCCCCACCAUACUCACCCACUCGGUACCCCCCUCCUCCCCAGCCCCCUGGGGCGCCCCUGGGUGCUUCCCCUCCUCACCUCCCCCCUUCCCUUCCCCCCAACAACCCCGACACACGUUGCGCCCGGCCCCCCCCGCGGUGCCUUCGGCCGGGUGGCGGCGGGGGGGGCCCCGCGCACGCCCCCGC